CGUAGCACAACCGGAUUGAGGUAGCUAGGUAGAGGCCGGCAUUUUGAGUCAACAACGAACACCGUGAUUAUUAGUUAAAAUGGACAUAUAUCUGCAGCUAGCGGCUCUGUUUACCCUCUUUUCCACAGUGUUAGCUUUGGAGUGCUAUGUCUGUGAAGAACAAGGGGAUAACUUUGACAAAUGUGUCAAGACCAUACAGACAUGCGAUCCAGAAGAAGAUAAAUGCAUCACGUAUGUUAAAUGGAGUUUCGUGGGUGACUGGACGAUUGCAGUGGAAAGGCAGUACUACAUAACUAAGGGUUGCAGUACCACGACACGAUGCAACGAUGAACAUAAACGCAUUGUCACCAAAUGCCAGCGCAACUGGUAUGAGGAUUGGUGGUGCAUGGAGUGCUGCAGUGGAGACCAGUGCAACUAUUUUGUGACGUUGGGAGCAAGCACAGCAAGGACUAGUGUUCUGACUGUCAGCGGUUGCCUGACCCUAGCUGCGCUAUGGCUCUCCGGCCACAGCAGAUUGUGAUGAGUUCCUUCUAUCGGUUGUAAAAAAAUGACAAACCACUCGUCGGGAGAACAGUUUUGUGUAAUCGUGUCACGUGCUCCUAAGUAGGCAAUGUCUGGGACCGUGAUGGGUUGUGGGCGUAGGGGUGGCUGAUGUGAACGCUUAUUGCACUCUGAGCUCGUGAUCUUUUUCCGAUUCGCUUUAAAUGCGUAACGAGGAGAAUGAGUCUGAUACGAUGUCCAUUUCCGCCUGUAAAGUUCUGACUGUUUUGUAACAGUUAGCGAGGCAUUCAACCAUAUGUUACCUCUGUGCUUGUGAAUGCUUGCCAUGUACAGCUAAUGGGUGAUUUGCGACUUGCAAUCCUCUCUCCAGUGGGUGGGUCAAGCUGUACACAAUGUGUGUGGAUAUCAAAUUGAUAUCAUGGUUAUCGAAAUGCACAUAUAGGCCUAAACGCGUGCAAAUGCACACACAGCAUACAGGACAUACGAUCCACACUGGACACAUCAAAAACUAGCUGAACGAUAGAACAUGCUACACACAAGACAGAUAUUGGAUUAUGUUCAAAAUCGUAUUGAUGGAUAAUUUGUAUAAAAUGUGGAAUUUGUAUAUAUAGUGCAUAUUAUCGAGUUGUCAAAAUGAAUCCCUAUCAAAGUGAGCGACCACUUGUGUACAUAAACGUUUUUACCCACGAUUUUACAUUUAAUGUAUUUUGUGCUCUUAAAUUUAAACAUAAUUUCACCAACAUUUUACAACUAGCAGAAAUACGUUGUAUUCAUUUGUUACAUAUAUAUAAGUAAUUUUGUAGUUUGAUACAAUGAUGUUUGGUAUUUUGAUAUAAUAAAUGGCAAUUUAAAAGUAC